UCCGGGGCGGAUCGGUGGUUUCCCGGCAGGGGAGGACGCUGGGCCGGCAGAGGCAGAGGCAGAGGCGUUGGGACGGCGGAGAAAGCGCAGAAAGGGUCCAGUCCUAGCCGGCCUCAGUCGGCUCAUUUCCUUGGGCGGCACCGCCAGACAACGCAAGCGCGCCAUGGAGGUCGAGGGGCCUCAGGAUAUGAAUUUGAUUGACAUUCUCUGGAGGCAAGAUAUCGAUCUUGGAGCAAGACGUGAAGUUUUUGAUUUUAGCCAAAGAAAGAAAGCCUAUGAGCAUGAGAAGCAGGAGAAGCUUGAAAGAGAGAGACAAGAACAGCUUCAGAAAGAGCAAGAGAAAGCCUUCCUUGCCCAAUUGCAGCUGGAUGAAGAAACAGGUGAAUUUGUUCCUAUCCAGCCUACUCAAGCCAUUGAACCAGGAAACAGCAAUAUAUCGAACAAUUAUUCCCAGAGAGUACACAUUUCCAAGCAAGAUGCAGAUGGCCUCUUUAGUGACAUGUUUGAUGACUGCAUGCAAGUACUGGCAGAAACUUUCUCAUUUGUAGAGGACCCCAAGGUUUCUCCAGUUGAAUUUCAGCAAGUGGCACCUUCCGACAUUGAGAGCAACCAAGUGUUUGUUGACUCAAAUCAGAUACAGCCCCUUGAUUCAUCUGUCCUUCAGCCUGCCAUCUCAGAGUUUAUAGUCACUCAGGCCGGGGGUGCACAGGACAUGGAGCAAGUAUGGGAGGAAUUAUUGUCUAUUCCAGAGCUCCAGGGCCUUAACAUUGAAAAUGACAAUCUGGCAGAAGUAACCCUAAACACAUGCACAGCAAACAUACCGUCAGAGGCUACAGUGGACUUUACUUUCUACAAUUCAUUGCCCACUAUAGAGAAUGAAGUUGCUAGCUGCGGUCCAGAGUUUCUGAAGCCUUUGGAGGCUUCCUAUUCUGGCAUUUUACUGCCAGAAGAUCUUAGUCAAAACAACACAUCUUCCACAAGCACUGAUUUUUGUGAAGAUUUCUAUCCUGAUUUUAUUGAUGUCAAAAUGAACAGUAGCAUAUCCAGCCCACCACCCAGUUUUGUGGACCAAGCACUUGCUGGCUUUUUAAAUGACCCUGUUGAUCUUUCUGAUUUUGCUCAGUGCAAAGCUUUUAAGUGUGACCUUACAGGAAACACUCAAGAGUGUAAUGAUUCUGACUCUGGCAUUUCACUGAACAGGAGUCCCAGUACAUCUUCUCCAGCUCGAUCUGUUGACUCGUCUUCUAUCUGUAGAGAUACAAGCUUUGGAUGCAGUGAUUCUGAAAUAGAAGAGAUGGAUAGUGCCCCUGGAAGUGUGCAGCAAAGCAAUGCUAAAAUGCAUUCAUUUCAGUUGUAUGCUCCACUCUCUCCACCUAUAGACGGGGGGCAAAGUACCCCCAAAUCUACUUCACCUCUUAAAGGUGUGGUCAAGAGAGAAUUGCCUGCCAAUCCUGGUCAUUCUGAAGCUCCAUUUAUGAAAGACAAAUCUGACAGCCAAGUUGAAGCUCAUCUCACCCGAGAUGAGCUUAGAGCAAAAGCUCUGCAAAUCCCCUUUCCUGUUGAAAAAAUCAUUAACCUCCCUGUGGAUGACUUCAAUGAAAUGAUGUCCAAGGAGCAAUUCACUGAAGCCCAGGUUACUCUUAUUCGCGAUAUACGAAGGCGAGGCAAGAACAAAGUGGCUGCUCAAAACUGCCGUAAAAGGAAACUGGAAAACAUAACUGAGCUGGAGCAUGAUUUGGGUUACCUUAAGGAUGAGCGAGAGAAGCUCCUGAAGGAGAAAGCAGAGAAUGAUAAAAGCCUGCGUCUGCUGAAAAAGCAGUUAAGCUCACUAUACCUUGAGGUUUUCAGCAUGCUCCGGGAUGAAGAUGGCAAGCCUUAUUCACUGAAUGAUUACUCAUUACAGCAAACAAAAGAUGGCAAUAUCUUUCUUGUCCCAAAGACCAAGAAACCAGGGACUAAAGUGUGAAGAGCGAGGCAAAUGUUUGCUGAACUAAUAUUUUUAUACAGUACUUAUAUUUUCUAUUAGUGGGGCUUCCUAUGAUUCAGAAUUUAUCCUGUUGUUAAGUGACUUUAUAUAGCUCUUUCCCUCUAGAGUUAAGUAUAUGAAUACACUUUAAAUCAUUAGCAUUACAACAAAUAUAUGCACAACGCAUAGUAUUUCUGUAAGACACUAGCUCUUACUUUUGUCAUGGGAGCAGUCAAUGCUUCCUUUUCUACUGUAAAUAUUUCCAGAUUUUUUAAUUUAUAUUCUGUUCCUAUAGUUUGUUUUACUCAAAUGUGUAUCAAGCAUGAUUUAAGAUUGGUGAUCCUACUUACUACCAAGACCAAUCUUACGCUUUCAGAUACAUUAUUUUAUAAACUUAAAUGGAAUGUUUGCAGUUUCUUACCAAUUUUUAAAACUUGCUUUGCUUUAUUAUAAGAGCUUGAAUGUAGUGUAAGCACACACACAGUAACAUCACUAGGGGACAAUCUAGUCAGAGUCAAGCAUUUUGAAGGCUUAUGAUUUUCAGUGGCAGUAUUAAUCCCAUGCUUAACUCCCAUUGAAAUGAAUGGGACUUGAAGAUGUAUAGGUUUGGGCUGGAUUGUGUCCUUAAAGUUGAAAGUUUGUUCUGCAUACUAAUGUAUGCACCAAGGAAUGCUAAUCUUUUGAUUUUGUACUUUUGAAAUAAAGGUUGUAUAUUCUUUA